AUGCGGCGCGCGCUGAAAGUGCGUGGUGGGUGGUGUCUCGAUUUUCCGUCGCUGGCCCAACUGUCCGAGGAUGCGCGGAUUGUCCUACCGAUUCUCCACCGCCUAAAGCAGCGGACUUUUUUUCGUAUUUUCAAACUGUCUCUAUUGGCGGAUACAUGCGCGGACCCGCGCUUGGACCACCUGUUGCGAGACAAUGCCGAUAAAUGCUCGGAGCCCCAGCGCUGUGGGCUCUGCCAGUGUUCUGAUGAUGAGAUUCCGCGCACGUGGCGGCAAAAGCCGGACGAAGAGUUCGUGGACCGGCGUCACUCAGCGUCCUUCACGCGGUGGACGCAAGACCAAUCCAGCAGGCAACCGGACGAUCCUUUCUCAAUGUUCAAGACACCAGAACGUCUACAGCAGGGGGGCGCGUUCCCUAAGAGCAACGUCACUCAGCCCACUGGAGUUUACGUCGACCUACUUUUGAAUCCUCCGUGCUUCACGAAAUACGACGGCGGGGUUGUGUGGCGUCUCCUGUACGAUCAAGUGCCAGUGGCGCGCUUAAACAGCGAACCAGCUGUCGCUACCCUCCGAUCGGGGUCAGAGAGCGAAAACCCUUUUCCAGAGAACCUCAAUGAUCCUCGUCUAGAAGGCUCUUCCAGCGCGUGGGCGUGUUCGAACAAUGCGAACCUAAGACGGUUGUUGUCUGGCAUGCAAGCAAACAUUGCGGCACUUGCUGCUGAAAAUUUCAACACUCGAGAUGACUCACUUCCUCCACUGCCGUACCCAGUGUCAGUGGCGCCUCCAGGUCCGAAGGGAAAUGGAAGCUAUAGUGCACCCGCGCCUCCCGUCUUUGUCGCGAAUCUCGAUUUCUUUCGCGAGCGCCUUGCGACGCACCCUGCUCGGAUUCAGAAUUUGUAUUUCACUUUCGGAGUUCUACUGCGCGCGGCGUGCGGGCUGACAGAUAUCCUGCAGGAGUGCUCGUGCGAGACUGGAAACACCCGUGAAGACCUCUCGACCCGAGCAGAACUGCUUCACAUGCUCAAUGUGACGACAUCGUCUCUGCACGCUUGCUCGUCGGAUCAUAUGAGGAAGCCAUUUUUCGACAGCUCCAGGCUUCACUUCCUGCAGACAACUGAAGGCAUCGACAGGCUCCUACGGUGCGUUCCCUGCGAGAAGUGCCGUCUCCACGGCAAGAUCAAAUUAACAGCAUUGCACAUCGCUGCUCGGAUGCUCUCCCCAUCUCACGCAAUGCCGUCACUUGAGCGGAACCAGGUUGCUGCGCUAAUCAAUGCACUCUACUACUUUGCAGAAUCCAUCCGCGUAGUGGAGCAAAUGCAGGACCGAAUAUACAUGCACAACGCGGGGGUGUGCGCAUUCUUCAUCGCUCUCCUGCUGCUUAUUCUCUUGUUCGUUGUUUAUUUUGUCUGGGCUGGCGGUGGCCGGGCGAGACGGAGCGACACCAAAAGCAUGCGCUUUAAAAAAAAGUUCACCUAA